AUGGCUACUCAAAAGAAACAACGGACAGAUGAUAAAACACGUCCGGCCAUGUUAGAUUAUGAUGUUCUCGAUUGUCCGGUUUGCUUCGAGCCACCUACUAUUCCUAUCUUACAGUGUGGUAAUGGUCAUUGGGCUUGCUCUUCUUGCCUACCUAAACUGAAAAAGUGCCAUUCAUGUUCUUUGACUAUUGGCCGCAUUCGUUGUAGAGCGAUGGAGAGUGUUCUUGAAUCGAUCUUGAUCCCAUGCCCAAACGCCAUGUUUGGUUGCACCAAGAAUCUUUCUUAUGGGAAACAAUCAACUCAUGUAAAGGAUUGUAUCUUCUCUCAAUGCUCUUGCCCUUUCCAAGAAUGCAAUUACAGUGGCUCAUACAAGAAUCUCUAUGAUCAUAGCUUUCAAUCUCAUUCAUCUUCCUACCCGUUUCCAUGGAUCCCUCAUAUCGCAUGUGACAUUAGCUUUCGUGUCUUGCUGAAAAUCAGCAAUAAGAUAUUAGUUGCAAAGGAAUUUUUAAAGAAACUAUUGUUUGUAGUGCAGUGUUUUAAGGAGCCGAACGUUCUGCGUGUAACUGUAAGCUGCCUUGCGCCAUCUGCUCCAGAAGUAGGACGGUUCUCUUAUCAUCUCUCUUACACUGUGGAUGGAGAGACUGUGACUUAUGAAUCACCGGAGGUGAAGAGAAUACUUAAAGUGAGCUCCCAAAGACCUGAGGAGAGUUUCAUGUUGAUCCCUGAGUGUUUACUACGUGGUGAUUAUUUGGAUAUGAAACUUUGCAUCAAGAAGUUAAAGCAAAUAUAA